AUGUAAUUAAUAAAAUAAAGAACAUAAGAAAAUGAUCGAAAAAGUGAUGAAGAAGAUUAAUUUAAUAAUUAUUAAUUUAUAACAAAAAAGUAAGUGUCUUUAAGAUUGAGUGUAUAGAAACUUCGUAACUAAAAUGUUAAUAAUCUGAAAAGAAUAAAAAUAAUUAAUUAAUUCAUUUAAAAUGAAUAAAUUUAUCAGUAGGAAGAAUAAGGCAACAAAUACUAACAGCAUUUAUAAAAUUAAUAAAAUUUUACAUAGAAACAUAUCAUAAAUACUAUUCAAAAUGAUAAAUAAAUUUAGGAUGAUGAAUCAUUUUUUGAGAGGAUUCUUGCACAACUUCAAUGGCUAAAACAAUUAGCAAGCUAUGAAUCAAGCAAAAUAAAAGAAUAGCAAAAUAAAUAUUAAUCUGUAAAUAUUUUUUUAAUUUUAAGGCGACAGCCUGGAUGGAUAAGAUGUCCCCAAAAAAUUAAGAGUUUACCUAAUUCUAUUUAUAGGUUUAUGAAGUCUAUAAGGGCAUAAAUUAGAUUUUAGAAUAUUCAUAGAAAUUAAACAAACAAAAAGCUGAAGAAAACUUUUAGCAUAUUGUUUUAUUACAUAAUGGGAGUAAAUACUUUGAGAGGUUAUUAUAUGUUAGCUCAUUUGUUUAAAAUCUACUAUUUUAAGAUUAUAGUUAAUAAAAGUUGAAAUGUUUACGUUCAAUUUAUAUUAAUUUUACAGGAGAAAACUGCUAAAAAGAUAUUGAUUUUUGGAGUCUGAGUCAUCAUAAAAAUAAAGGACUAUCAAAAUUUAUUACAUUUUAUCCCCUUAACUAUGACAGUAAAGAAUAAUAUUCGAUAUCUUAUAGAUUCUACUUAAAAAGAAAAUUAAGAAAGUACAAAAGAAAAUCAAAAAGAAGAUUAAUUUAACUUUUUUCAAUAGCAAAUAAUUGUUAAUAAAAAUACAAAUCAGUAAAUAAUCUUUCCUAUUUUUUAUAAAUCAAUUCUAUCAUAACAACAGAUUCAAAUAAUUUAUUCUACUUUAUUGUUACCAAUAAUUACUUCUUUUUAACCAUAAUUUAUUUAUUUAGAUCUAUAGAUUUCAAAUAAGUUUAAUAUUUAAUUAGAAGGGAUUGAAUAUUUAUUAAGAUAGUUAUAAAAAAAAGCAAGUUUGAUUUUGUAUCCGUGUUACUAGUUUGAAAAUAAAAAUAUUAAUAAAAAAUUUUAAUAGAAUUAUGAUAAUGAAUUACAUAAUUCCUAUUUAAAUGCAGCUUUAUCAGGUAUGUCUGGAUUUAAAAUGAUGAAAACAAGAAUUUUUAAUGAAAAUAAACCUUUUGAGAAUUUAGAUUUGGCUGAUUAGAUGCAAAAAUUCUUUUAUAAAUCAAAUGCAUUUAUGUAAAAACAAGUUUAAUUUUUUUAAACCUAAGCCAAAAUAUAUGAUAGAUUUAUGUAGUAUUAUGAAGCCUAUCAAUUCCCUAUUAGAUUGGAGAAAGAACUUAUGUCAUGGAUUCUUCCAUUUGACUCCUACCUUUCAUGUAAGUAAUUUACAAACUAUUACUGCUUUUAUGAUUUAAAUUAUGUUAUUUUGUUUGAUCAGAAUACCAAAUCAAUUUUUUUCUAAGAGAUUUCAAAUAUCCCUAACAAUAUAAUCAAUGGCAUAAUCAAGCAAAAAUUGUAUUAUAUUUUUAUAAAACAUUAGCAAUUACUUAGAAGUACCAAAUUAUUUAAUCGAACCAAGCAUAUUAAUAAUAGAAAAAUACUUAAUUAUUAUAUAUGGUCAUUAGGAUUCAUUAGAUGAGUCAAAAUUUUUUGAUGGAGUUCUUUUAUUUGAUUUAGAAGAACUUGAAGAAUUUAAAGAAUAUAAACGUGUGCCUGAUGACAAAACAAAGGAUCUUUUGGAGUGUAUUAGGAAUAGAAGAUGCCCAUAAAUUUGUUAAAACAAUGGAUUCAAAUCAGAUGGGCAGUACUUAUCAUUCUUUCUUAUUGGUGGUGAAUUUAUGAAGUAAAUUGAAUAUUUAAUUAGAUCUGAUCAUAUUUAGAAUUAUAUCGAGGUAGUCUAUAUCAACUUAAAGACCUAAAAAUUUCAUUCAUUACCAGUAUAAUUUUAGUUGGUACAUUCUUAAGCAACAUUAAAGCCUUGGCCCUAUUAAUUAGUUUUUGAGUAUAGUUUUUAAGAUAUCCAUUUAUAUUUGAUUCAAACUGGAAGCUACCUUUUAAAACGAAAUAAAUUUUAGUUUCCAAUAGACCCUAAUUAUCAUAAUUACUCAUAGCUUCUAGUUUAAUAAGAUGAUAAAUAUUAAUUAUACGAUAUAAGAGUUGUUAAAAAAGAAUAGAAAUAUUAUUUUAAAAUAGAAUAGCUUUAUAGUCCUGCUAGAAAUUGGAUACUUGAAACAAGUGAAUGUUCAUAAUCUAAAAUUGUUUGGAAGGCAUAUAUAUCAAGGAUAGUAAACCUGAAGAAUCCUUCUAAGUGCUAAAUCUUAAAAACAUAUAAACACAUGUUUUAGGGUUUAAAUUGGCAUAAAUAUAUUUAAAUUUGUAUAGAACUAACAAUUAAUUUGUUAAUUCCAAAUAACCAUUUAGAUUUUAAAAAUUAUAUAGUUGAAUUGGAUUAUAAAAUAAUGUCUUUGUCAAGAAUUAAUGAUUGA